AGGCGGAGAACAAUAUGGCGGAUGGCGAGGAGCCGGAGAAGAAAAGAAGGAGAAUAGAGGAGCUGCUGGCUGAGAAAAUGGCUGUUGAUGGUGGGUGUGGGGACACUGGAGACUGGGAAGGUCGCUGGAACCAUGUAAAGAAGUUCCUCGAGCGAUCUGGACCCUUCACACACCCUGAUUUCGAACCAAGCACUGAAUCUCUCCAGUUUUUGUUAGAUACAUGUAAAGUUCUAGUCAUUGGAGCUGGUGGCUUAGGAUGUGAGCUCCUGAAAAAUCUGGCGUUGUCUGGUUUUAGACAGAUUCAUGUUAUAGACAUGGACACUAUAGAUGUUUCCAAUCUAAAUAGGCAGUUUUUAUUUAGGCCCAAAGAUGUUGGAAGACCUAAGGCUGAAGUUGCUGCAGAAUUUCUAAAUGACAGAGUUCCUAAUUGCAAUGUAGUUCCACAUUUCAACAAGAUUCAGGAUUUUAAUGACACUUUCUAUCGACAAUUUCAUAUAAUUGUAUGUGGACUGGACUCUAUCAUAGCCAGAAGAUGGAUAAAUGGCAUGCUGAUAUCUCUUCUGAAUUAUGAAGAUGGUGUAUUAGAUCCAAGCUCCAUUGUCCCUUUAAUAGAUGGGGGGACAGAAGGUUUUAAAGGAAAUGCCCGGGUGAUUCUGCCUGGAAUGACUGCUUGUAUUGAAUGCACACUAGAACUGUAUCCUCCACAGGUUAAUUUUCCCAUGUGCACCAUUGCGUCUAUGCCCAGGCUACCAGAACACUGUAUUGAGUAUGUAAGGAUACUGCAAUGGCCUAAGGAGCAGCCUUUUGGAGAAGGAGUUCCAUUAGAUGGAGAUGAUCCUGAUCAUAUUCAGUGGAUUUUCCAAAAGUCCCUCGAGAGGGCAUCACAAUAUAGUAUUAGGGGUGUGACCUAUAGACUCACUCAAGGAGUAGUAAAACGAAUCAUUCCUGCAGUAGCUUCUACAAAUGCAGUCAUAGCAGCUGUGUGUGCCACUGAGGUUUUUAAAAUAGCCACAAGUGCAUAUAUUCCUCUUAAUAAUUACUUGGUAUUCAAUGAUGUGGAUGGACUAUACACAUACACAUUUGAAGCAGAGAGGAAGGAAAACUGCCCAGCUUGUAGCCAGCUUCCUCAAAAUAUUCAGUUUUCUCCAUCUGCUAAACUACAGGAGGUUUUGGAUUAUUUAACCAAUAGUGCUUCUCUGCAGAUGAAAUCUCCAGCCAUCACAGCUACAUUAGAGGGAAAAAAUAGAACACUUUACCUACAGUCAGUAACCUCUAUUGAAGAACGAACAAGGCCAAAUCUCUCCAAAACGUUGAAAGAAUUGGGACUCGUUGAUGGGCAAGAACUGGCAGUUGCUGAUGUCACCACACCACAGACUGUACUAUUCAAACUUCAUUUUACUUCUUAAGGAAAAUAAACUUGUACAUAAUAGAAAACUCAUGGAAAUAUAUUAUGUGGAUGCUAAGACAUUUAAUGUCAUUUUUAGCAUUAGUGUUGCUGGAAUUUGACUUUUAUAUAAUGAACCACUCUUUUUUAAAUUUAUAACUUCCCCUUGAAGACAGAAUUUUGGGGUUGGUACUUGUAAGCAUUUUCAUUAAUAAUAUGGGAAAUGAUGCUUGGAGAGAGAGAGAAUGAGCAAAUGUAUUGCUUCUUUCAGAAAUAGAGGCACGCGCUCUCUUGUGUCUGACUUUUGUUACUGUGGUCUAAGAACGCAUUCCUCAGUUUUCAUUUGAGCACCCACAUAAAGAAAAGAUGUCCCUCUAAAGAAAAAAAGAAAAUUAAGUUUUAAAUGACCUUGACUAUUACACCCUGACAUCUAGAACAUGUUGAACAUAGCCUAUUUCUUGCUUGAUUUAAUACUCAUUUAAUUGUGGUUGUCCAAAUGAAUAUUAAUUAUUGCAAAGGUUAUCUUGUCUAUAAUAAUUUGUAAAUGGUAUUAUAGCUGAAUACCUGUGCAUGGAUAUGGGAACUAUUUUCAUGUUUACUUGUAGUGCCAUAGAGGCCAGUAUGCACAAUAUUAAAGCCAAGACAUGGAUGUUUAAAAGAAUUUAAUGUUCAGGCAGUUAUCACUGAUGCUUUCACACUAUUUAUUAAUAAAAUCAUAUAUUGUCUACUU